ACGUUUUGCUGCCGUUAAGGGUAGUUCGAAGUUGAAAACGAUAUAUUCCCUCCCAAUUUGGUAACAACAAGGAGUUGUACAUGGCGACUCCACCUGUGAUAAACCAGCCUAUAUAUGGCUUACCUGAAUCCUCGAUUGGGAACCAACCAGUGAAGGUGCUUCGCGUCAAAGUGAUCGCAGGGGUUAAUCUCGCCAAGAAAGAUAUCUUCGGUGCCAGUGAUCCGUAUGUACGAGUUCAUGUGUACCAAGGCAACGAUCCGGCGGAAGGGGAGGUGGUUAUGGUUCAGACUAGAACCAUCAAGAAGACCCUGAACCCAAAAUGGAAUGAGGACUUUUACUUCAGGGUUGAUCCAAGGUGUCGUCUGCUGUUUGAGGUGUUUGACGAGAAUAGAGUGACAAGAGAUGAUUUCCUCGGACAGGUGGACUUGCCACUCAAUAAUCAAAUCCCUACAGAAUAUCCUGACAGAGAGAGGCCAUUUUCCCACAAGGAUUAUCUUCUCCGACAAAGAAGUACAAAGUCCCGAGUGAGUGGCCACCUGCGGCUGAAGUUGGCGUACGUACCACAUGUAGGAUGGACAGAGGGGCAGCAGCAGCCCAGCUCAGAGGGGCAAGAGGACAGGGAUGAGCCUGGUUGGGAGAUUGUGGACAUGGAUACAGAGCCCAGACAACCCCAGGUGCAGGCGUCCUCCCCAUCUCAACCUGCCAUGCCUCAGGGCUGGGAGGAGAGACAGGACGCAAACGGCCGGACGUACUACGUGGACCAUAACACCAGACAAACAACCUGGCAUCGCCCUUCCAUUAGCCAAGCCCCAGCAGGGGGGCUGACUCCACAGUCUGCAGCCACCACAGCCUCGACUGCACAGGAGAGCAACAACCGGCAGGCAGCGCAGAUCUUCCGCCAGAGACGACAGAUCAGCGAGGACAUGUCCACACCUGGCGGGGCAGGUGCGGCGGCUGCAGCUGCGGCGCUGGUGGAGCUACCUGCACAGAUUGCGUCCCAACCUCGACAAGGCCCACCCCCACCAAAGAUCCAUCGAAUGAGUGUCAGGUCAGAAUCCCAGCCCCAUGGCCAGUCUAACCUGGAGGCAGAGAUAGAAGCCCUCCCCCCUGGCUGGGAGAUGAGGUACACAGAGGGGGGACGUCCCUUCUACAUCGACCAUAACACCAGAACAACUUCAUGGCAUGACCCGAGAAACGCGGCCGCUGCGUCGCCCCAGCCUCACCGCUCCAUGAUGCCGCGUGCAGCGACAGUGACCUCCCCGGCAGCAGGCACGCUGGACACGCCACAGGUCCGACAACGUGCAGGGUCCAACCCUGACCUCUCCCACCUGGGACCACUGCCGUCGGGUUGGGAGGAGAGAGUACAUACUGAUGGGAGAACCUUCUUCAUUGAUCACAACACCAAAAAUACCACCUGGGAAGACCCUCGGCUAAGCAGAGCCUUCCAGAAUGCUGCACUGGCUGGACCGGCUGUGCCAUAUUCCAGAGAUUACAAGAGGAAGUAUGAAUACUUCAGAUCCAAAUUAAGGAGACCAGCCAACAUGCCCCAGAACCAGAAGUUUGAGAUGAAGCUGCACAGAAACAGUAUUUUGGAGGACUCUUAUCGAACCAUCAUGGCCUGUAAGAAAGCAGACAACUUGAAGGCCAAGCUGUGGAUUGACUUUGAGGGUGAAAAGGGUCUGGACUACGGUGGAGUGGCAAGGGAAUGGUUCUACCUCCUUUCACAUGAGAUGUUCAACCCAUACUAUGGCUUGUUUGAGUACUCUGCGAAUGACAACUAUACCCUUCAGAUCAACCCCAACUCUGGGCUCUGCAAUGAGGACCACUUGUCGUACUUCAAGUUCAUUGGCAGGGUGGCUGGCAUGGCAGUGUACCAUGGAAAACUCUUAGAUGCAUUCUUCAUUCGUCCUUUCUACAAGAUGAUGCUGAAGAAACCCAUCACCCUGAAGGACAUGGAGUCUGUGGACAGUGAAUAUUACAACUCUUUGGUGUGGAUCACAGAGAAUGACCCAGAGGACCUUGACCUCAGGUUCUGUGUGGAAGAGGACCAGUUUGGACAGACUGUCACAAAGGACCUCAAAGCUAAUGGUGCCGACAUUGUGGUCACCAACAGCAAUAAGAAGGAGUACAUUGACCUUGUUAUCAAGUGGAGGUUCAGUUCUAGGGUCCAGGAACAAAUGAAGUCUUUGAUGGACGGUUUUAAUGAGUUGGUGCAACAAGAGCUGCUGAGUAUUUUUGAUGAGAGAGAAGUGGAGCUGUUAAUGUGUGGUCUGGGAGACAUUGAUGUGAAUGACUGGAGGAAGCACACAGCCUACCGAGGAGACUACAGUGACAAACAUCCCAUCAUUCAGUGGUUCUGGAAGGCUGUGAUCCUGAUGGAUCCAGAGACCCGUGUCCGUCUGCUCCAGUUUGUGACGGGAACAUCCAGGGUUCCUAUGAACGGCUUUGCAGAGCUUUGGGGGAGUAACGGUCCUCAGAAGUUCACCAUAGAGAAAUGGGGAAAUCCAGACCAGCUGCCCAGAGCACAUACAUGCUUCAACCGUGUGGACUUGCCACCUUACCGGAGCUUCCAGGAGCUAUGGGACAAACUGAAGAUUGCAAUAGAGAACACAGAAGGUUUUGAGGGUGUAGACUGAUUUAGACCUGCUCAAUACCAAUGUAUGUAAUUAAAGUACUAUUCCGGUAAAGAUUGACAUAGGUAUGCAAGGAUUAUCCUGCUAGCAGCAUGAAAAAGUACCAACAUACAGUAGAUAUAGAGCAGUAUUUUUUAUCAAAUGAAUAGACCCUACAGAGGUUUGAGAUAUUUGCCAUGCUCUUUCAGAACUUUGUAAAAGCCCUGCAUCUGCAAAAGAAAUUGUGCAUGUUUAAGGUUUGUAAUAUAUUAAUACUGUAAUUGACAGAUUCAGUGGAAACAAACACAUAUUCUUGUAUUCUGGUGGUUUAUUAAAAAAAA